UGCAGACAUGCUGUGGGGGUCACAGCUGGAGGAGCUGCUGGGUGCUGUUCCCAACACAGCUUCCCACAAGCAUCCCUUGGCUGCUCCAUCUGCCAGUGAUGGCUCCACUGGGGCUUUGCCAUGGCCUUCAAAAGAUCACUACAAUGGCAGAUCCUUCAGUAGUGGAUCAGCUGACACGACUGCAACUCAGACUCCUGGAAAAGAGACUAGAAAAUGAACAGGAGAACCUGGAGAAGAUGGAGUCAACUCUCCCAGCUGCAAGGAACAGAGGAGAGGAUUUGCUCCGAAGUGCCCUAAGGCGAAGGAAAGAUCUUCUGCAGGAGCUCAGGGAGCAGCACCUUCUGGAAGAGCUUUCACAGCCCCCUGCACCAGCUAGAGGACACUACCAUAACGACAGAGCUGCCCCCCCAAGCGUCUACCAGAUCCCUUUUCCAGGUCCCCAAGCAGAGCCACCAAGGAUUAUCCAGCAGACGAUGCCACCUCAGCCUGCCACCAUUAUCCAGCAGUUACCUCAGCCACCUCCCCUGAUCACACAGAUCCCCCCUGCCCAGCCCUUUGCAGCCCCCCGCUCUGGGAGCAUCAAAGAAGAUAUGGUAGAGAUGAUGCUGAUGCAGAAUGCUCAGAUGCACCAGAUCAUCAUGCAGAACAUGAUGCUGAAGGUUCUGCCACCAAUGGCCUUCACCCAGCCUGCAGGAGCCAGCUCUCCCUUGCUUCAGCAAGCACAGCAGGACCUGCAGUUUGCUGCUCCCCUGGCUGUGAAAACAGACAGGCCCAGGCCAUCUGCAGUGCACCACCACCACCACUACCCUCCCACAGGGAUGCUCCCAGUGCCCCAAGGGGGCUUCCCAUCCACAUCCACAGCACAGAACUGGACAAGCAGCACGCUCCCUGUCCUGCCUACAUAGACUUUUCCUACAAUUACUACCUAUCAAGAAGAUCCAAAUGCAAGCUGUAUUCAGAGCAGAGCAAAGUCCUGGAUCUGGAUUUUCCUGAAGACCAGCGCUCUGCCCUGCCUGUAUGAGUGGGCUUUGUGUAUUAUUUGGAUAAAUAAUUCUCAGUGGAGAAGAAGAGAAAAAAAUCUUCUCCUGUGGUCAUUGGAUUUGAGCCACAGCCCACAUCUUCUGCCCUGGGAGGGCUGACUCAGUUUCUCCCAAACUCUCACAUUUAAAAGUUACCUACAAUUUUAUUCUCAAAGAGCUACUGGAGACUGAUUUAA